GUUUUGUGUUCCCGCUUGGUGGACUGUGCUAAACAGAAAUUCUGCGCCGCCCAAUGACGAUUGCAGGUUUCCCCCCCCCUUUUGCCAGCUUUCCCAGUCCCCUCCUACCCUGCCUAUCUGCUGAAAGCACCCCUCACUCCUCCACAUCUUCCCCCUUCCCCUCCAAGCGCAAAUCAGCCGCGCCGGAACCGCAGCCAUGGCCGUCAACACCACCACCACCACCACUGACGAUGAGUUCCCGUGCUCGCUGACCAUCGACGUCCCCUUCCCUACCCCACGCCUUGCAUCCGUGGCGCACAGAGCCCUCGCCGUCGACCAGGAGCUGUCGCCGCUCGUUAGGCGAACCUUCUUUGUCGACGACGCCUCCUCCUCCGCCGCCGCUGCCGAACCCGCUUCCGUCCUCCGCGUCCACUACAAGGCCACCACGAACCGCAUGCUCCGCGUCGCCGUCAACGGCCUCAUGGAGAGCCUCAACCUUGUCGUCGAGGUGAUGGAGGAGCUUGACGUUGACGUCUUGGAGCACAAUCGGGACAACGAGUGAGUUGAGUCAUGCAGAGUAGGGAGAGUUGCGGAUAUUGAAAAGAAAAGGAAAAAAAGAAAAAGCAAGGAAAAGGAGCAUACAGAAAAGCACCACCUGCAUGCGACAUAACACGGAACGGAACGGUGCAU